AUGGCUCUGUUCAGGGCGGUCUUCGACCCUCCUCCAGAGGGCAGAGAGGGAAGUGAGCGACUUUUCCAACUCCAGCAGGAUACCCAGACCGCUGCGGAGUACGCCCUCACCUUUCGGACUGUGGCAGCCUCCAGCGGAUGGAAUGAGCUGGCGCUCCGCAUGCUAUUCCACAGUGGACUGCACAAGGAGGUCCAGACAGAGUGUUGGGAUGACAACAUAUCCUUAGACGCUUUCAUCGCGAUGGCCAUCCAUGUGGAUAACCUUCUUCAAGAGCGCCGGUGUCCACCUCGCCACUCUCCUCCCUCCUUUGGCUGUCCUGAGAGAGAGCCUGAACCCCACCAUCUCCUGGUCGAGGAUGAGAAUCACCACCUGCGGACCAGGAUGCCGGAGGACCUGCUUUUCCGUACCCUGUGGUUCCACGUUGGUGGAGGAUCCUAUCUGGUAUGUUUGGGUAAUGAGAGCAGGUACCAUAUCAACCGUAUUUCGGUGGACCGUCUAACCUUCUCCUUGCUGAUCCCCAGCCUGGCUCCAGGGAUCCGUUACAGUGUGGAGGUCGGAGCCAGCACUGGGGCAGGCCCAGGGGUCAAGUCUGAUGUCACCUUCUUCCAGAUAGACUCAUCGGGGCGUAUGACGGAGGGUGUGGUGGACUCAGAGAACACUCUGUCCCAGCAGAUCAGUGACGUGGUGAAGCAGCCGGCCUUCAUAGCGGGGAUAGGAGCAGCCUGUUGGAUCAUCCUCAUGGUGUUCAGUAUCUGGCUCUACCGACAGCGCAAGAAGAGGAGUGGCCUCAGCACUAACUACGCAGGCAUCCGCAAGGUGCCAUCCUUUACCUUCACUCCUACAGUGGCGUACCAGAGAGGUGGAGAGGCUGUCAGCAGUUCAGGAAGGCCAGGUUUGCUGAACAUUGGGGAGUCUGCUACCCAGCCCUGGUUGGCUGAUACCUGGCCCAACUCCUGCUCCAAUCACAACGACUGUAGCAUGAACUGCUGCACCGCAGGACAGGGCAACAGUGACAGCAACCUGGCUACAUACAGCCGCCCAGCCGACUGCAUCGCCAACUAUAACAACCAGAUGGAGAGCAAACAGACCAACCUGAUGGUGCCGGAGGGAGGAGUGUACGGAGACGUGGACCUCUCCAACAAGAUCAACGAGAUGAAGACUUUCAACAGCCCCAACCUGAAGGACGGACGCUUCGUAGGGCCGGGUGGACAGCCCACCCCCUACGCCACCACACAGCUCAUCCAGUCGUCUAUCCUGGGAAACAACAUCAACACAGACAGAGACAGAGGGAGUGGAGGGGGAGGAGGAGGGGGAGGGGAGAUAAACGAGAAACAUGGCUGGAAACCCACCCCGGUUCAGCUGCAGAAGCAACAGGAAAUGACCUCACAGCUCCACCAGUAUAACAUCAUGGAGCAGAACAAGCUAAACAAGGACCACUACAGAGGAGGGGACAGUCCCAUGCCUACCACCAUCCCCUAUAACCAGGCCCACGAGGCCCACACCGUGGGCUCCUACAACAGCUCUGACCGCGGCAGCAGCAGCACCUCCGGGAGUCAAGGUCAGAAGAAGGGAGUGCGUACCCCCAAACAACCCAAACAGAGCACAAUGAACUGGGCUGACCUACUGCCUCCUCCCCCUGCUAACCCACCCCCCUGCCGCAACAUGGAGGAGUACUCCCUGUCCAUGGACGAGAGCUAUGACCCAGACAUGCAUUGCUCCCUGCCCCCCUCCCGCAUGUACCUGCAGCCAGAUGAACUGGAAGAGGAGGAUGAGGAUAAGGAGGAGGAGGAGAUGGAGAGGGGUCCCACUCCCCCCAUCAGAGGGGCUGCCUCGUCCCCCGCCGCGGUGUCCUACAGCCAUCAGUCCACGGCCACCCUCACCCCCUCGCCCCUGGAGGACCUGCAGCCCAUGCUCCAAGACACACCAGACAGCAUGGGCUCUGGACACGAGCGCAGACGCCAUGCAGUGAGCCCCCCUCCCCGGCCCCUCUCCCCCUCACACACCUACGGCUACAUCUCAAGCCCCCUGGCUCUGGACACAGACGGCAUGGAGGAGCAGGAGAUGUUGGAGGAAGAGGAGGAGGAGGAUGGGGACGAGACAGACGCGGAGGUGGCCAAGGUGCACCACCACCCUCACCACCCCCACCACCCCCAGCAGAUGCACCCCAGGAGGCUGCUGCUACGGGGCCUGGAGCAGACGCCAGCCUCCAGCGUGGGGGACCUGGAGAGCUCUGUGACGGGCUCCAUGAUCAACGGCUGGGGUUCGGCCUCCGAGGAGGACAACGCCUCUUCAGGACGCUCCAGCGCCGUCAGCUCCUCAGACGGAUCCUUCUUCACAGACGCCGACUUCGCCCAGGCUGUGGCCGCUGCUGCAGAGUACGCAGGCCUCAAGGUGGCCAAGUACCCCAACCCCACGCAAGGCCAGGAGGGAGGCCCCGGAGCACGAAAGUAUCAAAUGACCCCUUCAGGCCACCGUCCUGGCAGCCCCCUGUCCACAGACAGUAACAUGAGCACGGCCAACAUGCAGAAGAGGCCUCCUAAGAAGCAGAAACAGCACACUGCAGCGGGCCUUCCAGGGCUCCAGCGACGAGAGGCCUACCCUGAAGAUCUGCCCCCUCCCCCCAUCCCCCCUCCAGCGGGGCUCAAGUCCCCCACACACCCCUCCAAGACAGCCCUGGAGGCCCGGGGGAUUAUGUCCCCCAAGGCAGGCGAGGGCAGGGACAGGAGAGGGGGCUCAGGAGGAGGGUACCGGCCACGGGAGGGAUCGGACCCCCGUACCAGCUCCUCGGAGCGCCGGGAGACCCAGGACAGACAGAAGAUCCCCCGCACAGGGAAAGGGAAUAAACAGGAGGGGAGCAGCACCAAGGCACGCCAACACCCAGGACCAGAGGACAUCCUGCCCUACAGCCGCCCCUCCUUCCCCACGGUCCACAGUCCCCGAGACAGGGACCCCAGCUCCUCCAGCUCCAUGUCCUCCCGGGGCUCAGGGGGCCGGCGGAGAGGAGAGGGGGGGCCAGGGGCCCGCAGGAACCCCAACGACAUGGGCCUCAACACCAUGGGGGCCUUCCAGCCAGGAGACGAUGACUUAGAGAUGGUGGAGAGCUGAAGUACUAGACGGGAUGAACAGGAAGUACUGUCCAGAAUGAAGUUUCCCGAGAGGAGGAAUGCCGUGACCGUUCCCCUGCCCAUUUGAAAUAUCUCAGUAUCUCACCAUCAUGUUUGCUGACAAAUACUGUACAUCAAUUGUGUUUCUAUACAUCUGGAAAACAAACCAAUUGUUUUUCUAAUUUAUCAUUUUCUAUGUCCAUUUUAAUGAAAAAAAAAGUCAAGCAAAAUACCCAGUAGUAUGUAAUGUUUUAUUAAGGUGAUAGGGAGUGCAGUGGACUCCAGGUAUUGACACAAUCCACUUGGCUUGCCUCUGCCCUUACAGCCAGGUGUUACUGUAAUGCCAUGAGUUACAAGCAGAGGGGUGGACUGUCUUGUAAAUAUACCUGUACACAUAAUGUCCUUUUGUAUAGCGUACUUCAAAUUUGUCUUCCUUGUUUUAUUUCGCGAAUUAUAAUUUUAUCAUGCCAGUAAAUAUAAUUAUUUUAUUGUUUUCCAUCCAUGUUGUAAAUUGCUAUAUUAUUUAGCCGCCCCAAGAAAGUGCCACUGUUCUUUUUCUUUUUGUAAUGCACUGUUAUAUUUUUGGGUCGUUGUCAAUGUUUGUUAUUUGUUUUACUUUGGUUUUAAAAGCACAAUCACUAAACUUUAUUUUAAACCAUUUUAUCUAUUAACCUUUUUGUCUUAUUGGAGGAAUACAGGUAUGACAAAAAGAGUCUUGUUAAUCCUGAUGAUGAUGAUGAUGUAGGUAAAGGUGAUAAGCUGUUUACGAUGGGGCGUGGAUUGAAAGGAGACUUCCUGUGUCAUGAUUGGCUCAUUUCAGAUUCUGAUGCUAGCUCAUGUGACGACCCCCAACACAGACACAGUUAUUGUGGGUCAUAGCAGCAAUGUAAAUGUGUUUUUGAAUUGACCGUAGUUCCAGCCAUUGCACAUUCAUUCAAACGGUUACAUUGUCUACUAAUGCACUUAAAAGAAUGUAACAUAUAGAAAAUGGGCAACACCUUGUGAAUCUGGAGAGGCCGUGAUUGGACAAGGAGAGUCUCUUUUCCAGAGAAGGGAUUGGUCGGUGGAUCCCUUCUCUGGAGGAGAGAGGGUUCUGUUGUUUAUUCAUCUGCAAACAUUUGUUUCGUAAAGCAAAAAAAGCAAAAUAACUUUAUGAAUAAAAAAUGUUCAAACUG